AUGCUCCAUUCCACGCUUUCCUACUGCAGCUACCAAGUGCACGUCACCAUGAAGUUCACCACGUCUCUCGUCCUCAGCGGUGCAGCAUGCGCGUCGGCCUUUGUGGGUACGCCGGUGUCCACGCGGGCAUCGCUCAAGUCGUCCGCGGUGAGGAUGAGCGUGUCCGACUCUAUGGGCUCCCUGAGCAGGGGCGACGCCCUCAAGGCUGCUGCUGCAUCCGCGGCCGCCGCGGGCUUCGUGUUCUCGAACUCUUUCCCCGCCUUCGCCGAUGGGCCGUACAAUCUCCCCGACCUCCCGUACUCCUACGAUGCCCUUGAGCCGUACAUCGACGCCGCCACGAUGAAGUUCCACCACGACAAGCACCACGCGGCGUACGUGGGCAACGCCAACAAGGCCCUCGCCGGCAAGACCGCCCCUUCGCUGCUCGACCUCCAGAAGGAUGCCAUCAAGACCGGUGUCCGCAACGCCGGCGGCGGCCACUACAACCACUGCCUGUUCUGGAACACCCUGUGCAACCACGAGAGCAGCGGCGCUCCCUCCGGCACGCUGGCGAAGGCGAUCGACGAGGCAUUCGGGUCAAUGGACGAGAUGAAGGCUCAGUUCGGCACCACCGCGGCAGGCGUGUUCGGCUCUGGAUGGGCCUGGCUCGGUUGCACCCCCGACGGAAAGCUUGCCAUCACUGGCACCCCCAACCAAGACAACCCCCUUAUGGAAGGCGCAGCCGGCACGGCGAUGGUGCCUAUCCUCGGCCUCGACGUGUGGGAGCACGCCUACUACCUCAAGUACCAGAACCGCAGGCCUGAGUACAUCAGCGCUUUCUGGAACGUAGUCAACUGGGCGGUGGUGUCUGAGAACUACGAGAUGUACGCAUCCCAGGGCAAGGGUGUGCCGGUGCAGGGUUAACUCGUUCGCGACCGCACAGACUGGGCGUGAUCGAGCAGGCCAGACGUCGCAAUGUAGUCAUUGCGAUUAUCUUCCACCACGUAUGUUGGGCGACCAAAGGGUGCAGUAGUCAGUAGGUCUUGCCAACGCCCAAGAAAACGUAGAAUCUAGUUUUAUUCAACAAUAAUCCAAUAGAGAACUGACUAGAGAAAUUAGCGGGUUGCACGUACCCCGGCUAGCCGCGUGUCGAAGAAACGGGCGCGGGGCGGGGCAUUGCUUGUGUAUGUUGUGUGCGGCAGUCAGUAACAUGACGAUAAUGACGACACGAAGCAACAUAGUAUUUGCCUUCUUUCUUUUAAACCACCAUCCACGCAAGGCACUGCAACGCCGUGCAUUGGUGAAGGCACGUGAUGAACAUACAAGGCUGAGACUAGCCAUGUUGUUUGUUCUUGGUUUUCCCUCGAGAAAAUCAACACGUUUGUUCAUGGGUUCACAACCUCGAUCUUUGGCGCCGACCAAUUUUCCGCACAGUACCGACAUUGCCGGGGGAGGGCAGCUUUUUUUGUAGAGUUCCAUGAGACGUGUUGCGCUGUUUGGUUUGCAAGUCGCUCAUCGGUUUACGACAGCAAUCGUGAUGUUACCUUCCCGAAUGUCGAUUCGCAAGCUGCUGGUACGCAUACGACUGCUGUACACGGGUUGCCCGCGAGGUUGUUCCCGAAUACCGACGGCAGCAGUAUGUCCGCUAAACGCAAAACGGUCAUCGGCCUUGGUCGUGAAUCACCGAACCUCUCGUAUACAGAGUAGUUGCACUGGUGUAGCACCGGUUGAACACCAAGUCUCGAGCACCUUCUCAACAAUCAGGAGCCGCAAGCUCAGGUGUCGGCAAGAUACCUUCGACGGUCCGGCAGUAACUCGAUUCGCUUCCUCUGCAAUCCAGCAGUGUAGACUUCACUCUCCCAUCUAUAUCUCAUCUAUGUUCCGUGGCAGAUUGUUAUGUCGCACGGUGUUCACGGGCGUGUGUAGAUCUGGUAUGUGAGAGGGCUGAAGGUACGCAUGGCAGGAGUUGCGUCCGAAGUGACGGUUGACGGUUGACGAGUUUUGUGUGGGUUCUGCUGGAACUCUGCAUCUUUUAUUUUUCUUAGUAUGACACAACGAAACCAUCUCUAUCAUAGAAAAGAACUCUGCAUUUUCGAAUAUCGGUUGAUAAUUAUUCUUUUUUUGUACGCAUGGCAGGAGUUGCGUCCGAAGUGACGGUUGACGGUUGACGAGUUUUGUGUGGGUUCUGCUGGAACUCUGCAUCUUUUAUUUUUCUUA